AUUUGAAUAAACAACGGUAGCUGAAAUGUAACGAGGAAAGGAAAUACAGAGCUCUCCUCAUGUUGUUAAGGCAAACGCGAGAUUUUUGUUUUUGUUUCAGAUUUUCAGUCAAUGGAGAAGAGACUCCGUUCUUCUCUCAAAUCCUCUCCCCGAGAUUUCAUUUCCUUGGCCUCUGAACUACCUUUCAAGUCCUCAAAAUCCACCUUGAAAACCCUAAUCUACAGCACCAUAGCCCCAAACUCUGGCAUCCUCGCCUCUCUCUCUCAGUCUCUUCAAGAAUCUAUCUCCGCCUCCAUCCUCUCCUUCCAGAACCUUCUAGAGAAUCCCUCUUCCCUCCCCGACCCUGCCAAGACUCCUCCCACCAAGCGCCUCCGUCGAUCCUCACGCAAAUCGAACUCCGGCUCCGAAUUACCCGAGAAGGAUGGAGAAUCGGAUUUCGAGGAUAAGAAGAGACGUGUUCUGGAGAAAUUGCGUGUACUCACUCACAUCGCGCAUUUGUGCUUCUCGCAUCCCAAGAAGGUUUUUCUGCCGUCGGAUUUGUUGCCGGCAGUCCAGGCACUGCAUGAUAAUUUAGUUCUAUUCGAAUCAGAUUCGGCUUUGAUGUCGGAGAUUGCGAGUCUAUGCGAGGACUGGUGGAAGGAGGGUUUGUCUGGCCGCGAAAUUCUAAUCUCUCGGUCACUCCCGUAUUUGCUUUCUCGGUCACUGACUUUGAAGAAGAAGGUGGAUGUGCAUAGGGUUUAUUCGCUGCGUGAGGCGUUUGCUUUGUUUGAUUUUGAGGAUGAGAGCAUCGAGGACCUGAAACUUCUGUUGAUAAGGUGCGUGAUUGCGCCUCUAUAUUUGAAAACAGAGGACGGUAGGCGCUUCGUGGCGUAUAUGUUCGGUUUGGGCUUGCAGCUCUUGAAGGAGGCUUUGGCCAUGAUCAAGGCCCAAAUCCCUUUUGGGAGAAAGUCACUGUUGGAGGCUUAUGGCGACAUUUUGUUUAGAGCAUGGAAGGCAACUGGGGGCUCUCUAAGGGAUGAGAUUGAGAACGUGUUCUUGCAGGGUUUAAUAGAGAGAACCGUACAUGCAAGCUCGGGGGCCUUCGGUGCAUCGAUUAGGAGGGUUUUGGGAGCCUUUACAAGCCAGAGAACCAUUGAUGGAGUCGAGAAGCUUCUUUUUAGACUUGCAGAGCCUGUGCUAUUCCGGUCGCUACAGGUUGCAAAUUCAAAUGUUCGUCUCAAUGCAUUGCAUUUACUUUUAGAUUUGUUCCCUCUUGAAGAUCCUGAUGCAACAAAAGAGGUUAAAGAUGCAUUGCUUGACAAACAAUUCUUUUUAUUGGAGAGGUUACUCAUGGAUGAUUGUCCUGAUGUUAGAGUUGUCGCUGUGGAAGGUUGUUGUCGCAUCCUUAAUUUAUUUUGGGAAGUUAUUCACUCAUCAACCAUUACAAAGAUAAUAACAAAAAUCUUUGAUGAUAUGUCACAUGAUGUAUCCAAUGAAGUUAGGCUUUCCACAUUGAGUGGCAUUAUGUAUUUGAUGGGCAAUCCCCAAUCUCAUGAACUUCUUAAAGUGCUUGUACCAAGACUUGGGCAUCUGAUGCUGGAUAAUGUUCUUUCCGUACGUGUUGCUGUAGUAGAUCUCCUCCUUCUCAUACGGGAUAUACGAUCUUUCCAAUUUAACAAGGUAGUGGGACUAGACGUUUUAUUCUCUACACUUGCAAAUGAUCAACCCCAGGUUGCUCAGAAAAUUACCAGACUUCUGAUGCCAUCAUACUUCCCAUCAAGAGUAAACAUUGACGAAGCAUGCAACCGCUGUGUUGCACUGAUAAAAAGGUCUCCAAUGGCAGGUUCACGGUUUUGUGAAUUUGCUGUGCUAGAAGGAGCCUCUCUUGGGUCGCUUGUGGAACUCGUCAGGCGAUUGAUCUGUAUGGUUCUGUCACCUGAUAAAUUGGAUGCUGAUCAGAUAGAGGGUUUUCUCAUUGCUGCUGCACACCUAUGCAAUUCCCUGGCUGGUGAGCCUUGUUACAGGACUUCCCUUAAAGAGUUGUUUGGUAGCAAAAAUAUCAAGUGCUUAUAUACUGCUGCAUCUACCAACCGUGCUCAAUCUUCUGUAUUGCACAUUCUUUCCACAACUUCUCCAGAAAACGUGGCUGCACUUUUUGAAGAAUGCAUGAAUUUAGUUACUAAUUGUGGAGGUUUACCUGACAAUGUGGAGAGGCAAGCUGAAGUGAGGUCUGCCCUUAAGUUAUUGUUGUCUAAUGAUGGCUUUAAUGAUAUGUUUGAUGCUUUGAUAGGGCUUUUGCAAAAAACUGCAUAUGGUUGUCAUAUUAAAUUUGGCAUUGAAAUACCAAAGCAGAGUGCAUUCUCUUCAAAGAGGAAAAAGGUUGGUUCCUCAGUCAAAAUUUCAGCCAAAAGGAAAAAUGCCAGUGGAAGAAAACCUUCCGAAUUUGAGGAGGAUUAUUUGGUUGCUGUAGGAAUAGCCUGGCAGAUAAAGGACUUGCUUGUAUCCGAGGACACUCAAAAAUUUAUAUUAGGGUCUCCAGCUCUAGAGUUCUUGUUACGUGUAUUAAAGGCCAUUUCUGAGGUCAGCAUCCUGCAAUGCUUGCACUAUGACUACAUGGAUACAUAUCCUGUUUUGGCAUAUACAGCUCUCGCCUUGCAUAUGAUGUUUCAAAAUGUGGGCAUAAGCAGUUCUUGUCCCAGGAAGAAUGAAAUGACCGACUCUUCAAGAUCAACUACGGAGGAGAAUGUGUUGGCCCAAACGGUAGAUCACCUACUUUACUGUACAACGAAGCUUUUUGAAGCAGGUGACUGUGCAGAACGUUGCAAUCUCCCUUCAGACUCUAACAAGAAAAUGGCAAAAACUCGGGGACAGAAGCAAAGAGAUACUGAAACAGACACAUCUAACUGUAAUUGUGAUGGACCUGUCUGUACUAAAACAAAAGGGUUGUUGAAGAAGGUGAAGAUGCUUACAGCAGUGCUCAAGUUUAUUGUUGAUUCCAUGAUAAUGGGUUUUGUUUCUCAUCUUCAUGGAAGGUGCUUAAAAUUCACAUCCGCAUAUGUUCGCCACAUUAUCUCUGUAUUAGGGCAAGAAAUGAGUAACGAAUUGCACCUUGAUGAGGAUAGUUCGAAAGAAAUUUUGGUGUGUCUGAAGAGCUCCUUCAGCUAUGCAAGCAAGUUACUGAAUCUAGUUCUAAGAGCUGCCAACGAAACAUCACCGCCUCUGCCCGAGGCUUUUGAUCUUGCUAAUGAUCUGCUCGAGCAAAUCGCGUCAAUUGAAUUGAACAUGGGUUCUGUAUAUGCCACACGUCUGGUUGCAGCAGCAAAACCUUGGCUUCCUGACCUGAUUCUAGCGCUGGCAUCAAGGUGCAUGCUUAAAGAGACUGAAGCAGAGACUAUUUAUUCCACUCUUUCUGAUCACAUUAAACUCCACUUUCCAUCAUGGCUUCUAGUUUUAGCGAAGACUGAGCUCUGUCAAACGAGUGAAGAGAUGGAGGACGAAGAUCCUGAACCAGAUAAAUUUCCUGCAUUUGGGAAACUGAUGGGAAUGAUGAUAUCAUUAUUGAAAGCGAAUUCCAACGUGCUGGAUGCCAUUGGAGUGAUAUUCUUAGCUGGUUCAUUGGUUGGGCUGGAAAGAAAGGACUAUGCAAUGGUUUUAGGACUCCUCCAAUUUGUGUCUGUCAAGUUGAUCGGACACGAUGAUAGAGAAUGGAGGGAGCUUGACCUUAUGUUGUCCUCUGUUCCAAGCAUCUAUUCUCAAAUUGAGAGAGACAUUGAAGAGCAAAGCCACGACGAGGAAAAGCAGAAAUUACUCAGUGCCAAGGCGUUGCUCGAACCUGUUUGGAUGUAUCAUCUCUAUGAAACUCAGAGGUUUUCUAUAAUUGAAGAAUGAAUUUUCUGUUUCAGUUUAGAUGGUUGAAAUUCCCUGAAGGGAAUUUAUGCUGUAAUGUAGAUAAAAUACACUGGCUCCUAUUUGGGAGAACAUUCCUUACUUUGUCACGGUUGUUAAUCUUGCCAACCACCUGACUGGCAACUUUCCCA